AUGCACUGGGGGGUUGGCUUUGCCUCGUCCAGGCCGUGCGUGGUGGAUCUGAGCUGGAACCAGAGCGUCUCCUUCUUCGGCUGGUGGGCCGGGUCCGAGGAGCCCUUCUCCUUUUAUGGGGACAUCAUCGCUUUCCCUUUGCAGGAUUACGGUGGGAUCAUGGCAGGGCUGGGCUCCGAUCCCUGGUGGAAGAAAACACUUUACUUGACCGGGGGAGCUUUGCUGGCCGCAGCUGCGUAUCUGCUCCACGAACUCCUGGUCAUUAGGAAACAGCAAGAGAUUGACUCCAAAGAUGCUAUUAUUUUGCAUCAGUUUGCAAGACCUAACAAUGGUGUCCCCAGUUUGUCUCCUUUCUGUUUGAAAAUGGAAACUUACUUAAGGAUGGCUGACUUACCCUAUCAGAAUUAUUUUGGUGGAAAACUCUCUGCUCAAGGGAAAAUGCCUUGGAUUGAAUAUAAUCAUGAGAAAGUUUCUGGCACAGAAUUCAUAAUUGACUUUCUGGAAGAGAAACUUGGAGUGAAUUUAAACAAAAACCUUGGCCCUCAUGAAAGAGCCAUCUCCAGAGCAGUGACCAAGAUGGUGGAGGAGCACUUCUACUGCCAUGUUCUCGCCUUGAGGAGACCUCGAAUGGGCUUUCCCGUGAGCUCUAAAUCCCAAUGGAGAAGAGACCCCUGUCGCUCCGGUGAUAAGAAGUACAUCAUGGGGCCCAAGCUUUCUACUCUCGAUGCCACUGUCUUUGGACACUUGGCACAGGCAAUGUGGACCUUACCUGGGACAAGACCUGAGCGGCUGAUCAAAGGUGAGCUCAUCAACCUUGCCAUGUACUGUGAGAGGAUAAGGAGGAAAUUCUGGCCUGAGUGGCACCAUGAUGAUGACAACACCAUCUAUGAGUCCGAGGAGAGCAGCGAAGGGAGCAAAACCCACACGCCCCUGCUGGAUUUCAGCUUUUACUCAAGGACAGAGACCUUUGAAGAUGAGGGAGCAGAGAACAGUUUUUCCAGAACCCCAGACACGGAUUUCACCGGACACUCGCUCUUUGAUUCUGACGUGGACAUGGAGGACUACACAGACCACGAACAGUGCAAGUGA